GAUUGUGCUGCAGCGUUGGUUCCCCACCUGACCUGACACGUCGAUGAUGGCCACCACGGAUUUUUCAUGGGAACAAAGAAAACAUGGAAGCGAGAGCCACAGACGGCCUUUAAGCUACCAUUGAAAGGGUGUGAAGCUUUACGGAGUAGAGGGAUUGGCUUUAGAGCGACUGGAUUGUUGAGAAGUUUUGACCACUUUGGCCUAUCAUCUAUCCGUUCCUGCAAGUGAACGCGCUUAUUCUAAAGUUUGCAUCGCAUCUGAUCCCUACCGCCGUCGUCCUUCCAAUGGUUUUCCCAGGCAGAUAUAUUUUCGGAUUUCUAUCCCGUCUGGCGGUUCAGCAGGAAUAAUAAUGAACACAGAUGGUCAUUACUGCAUUUUAUAGGGCCCAAGCUUGGGUCGGGUCGUAAGGCAUCGACAACACAAUAAAACGAAAGACAGCAAAACAAAUAAAAAUGACACUGAUCAACCAUUGGCGAGGCUGCUCUCUUUUCUGCGACAAUGAGAGCAGAUCGUACGACGCAUGCCAAGCCCUACAUUCUUUCAGAAGGUCGUCGCCGCUCGAAGGGAGAGAACUGAUAAAACAACACAUCCAUUCUCUUGCCAACGGACAUUUCCCAAAAGCUCAAAAGUACUUUCGGUUGGACAAUCAAUAUCAUGGGAUUCAAUACAGUCCGGGUAGGUAAGAAUAAGAAUACCCCCACACUUCAGGGUCAUGAUAACUCUUUGAAUUUGAAGGAAACCAAACAAACCCUAGAGAUGUUUUCGUUUUGAAUUUGGCUCCUCCUCCUGGCCCCUCACUAUUAAACCCUUGGUGCGGCCAGGGUCUAGUGUAACACUGUCUCUGAUUGCACACGCUGGAUCUUCCAUCACCUCGUCAAAUUUCUCAGAGUCACGGUUCCUUCGCCAAAAACAUUGUUAAUCUUAGGACUGCUUGUCCUGCCUCUUGGCAUGGACACAGAUGAAGCCCUAGACUGUGUUGGACGGGAUGAAGCGAUAAAUAGCAGAACGCCACAAAAAAGCGGCGUCGACAUGUUCAGGACAAAGGAUCCCGAGAGAGUGAAAAUUGGAAAUCUUCAUCCCGUCUCUAUUCUGAUGCCAGGCUACAGGUAGGAUCCAUUUAUGUAUGCAUCGUCGUAGGGCCUUCAUGCGACGUCUGCGAGAGCGUCAUGUGCCUUGCUGGUACAGGACAUGCUGAAGCACUGCGCUCCGGACCUGUCUCCUGCUUUUAUCGUUUCCAGAACGCUUCUCGACAUUUGUACUGCAUGUGGCCUUGCUCUUUGCUCAUCCUCUCGGAUAGAUUUCCGCAGCAAAAAGCUUUGUUCGUUUUGCCUUUUAUAGGCGUACAUCGCCAUCCUAUGAGACUACGGCGAGCACACAACGGAUAAGGCUCACGCCUUUAGUCCUGCAAAUUCUAACCAUGCAAACAUGCCUACCACCGCCACAUUCCAUUUUACAUGCGACAACGAUCUCUAAACGACAUCGACUUAGUUUCCGUUCCAUUUCACUGGUCGAAACAAAACCGUCAUGGCCUGGUGUUCCAUCACAUUUUAUGGCGGAAAAUAAAAUAAAUCCGGCAAAUGUCAUUCCCUUAACGAUGUUCUCUUUCGCCCUCCGUGAUUCCGCUUUCGUUCUACAUCAGGAUAUUUCCCUGAUCUACAUGUUCUCAGUGGCAUUUUUCCAGUGGUGAAUUUCCUGGCUUGAUGCCCACAUUGGUACAAUAUCCUAAACAGCCCUUCGCAAAUUGCAGAUAGAGUGCACCACCUACGGAUUACUGCAAAAUCAAUUCUGGAUAGCGGGGGCACAAGGGAAUAUGAGAUGAAUAUCUGCGGAUACCCGGGAGCUUCCAUCCCGCCAUCCAUGGGUGCUAGAUUAUUAGCACGCUGCCCUUGCCCCUUCGCGACUUGGCAACAGAGGGCGAACUCCUCCCAUGAAGGGGAACAGCUGAACAGGUCAAGUGGGUUAACUUUCUCUCGCCGUCGAUGUGGAACCGACACCGACUCUCGACUUAGUCAGUUAGCGGCCCCGCCAGCGAUAAACUAAAAUGGACCCAUCACACUGCCUUUCCAGAAAGGGCUCCACACGAAAUCAACAUGCAAGGCUAUUUUAGAAACGCGGUAAAUUUGGGGCGAGCUUUUUGCGGCAUGCGUCGAAGCUUGAACCCUUAAAUUCCCGAAAAAUAAUAAAGGGGAGCAGGAUCGGAACGGACGCCGCCGAUGAGCCCUUCGUAUUAUUUCUACCUAAAGUGAAGAUCAGUAUAAUGCUGCAGGAUAUACUAUAUUUAUCCCAUCUAGCAGCCAGGAGUUGAGGAAGCUUGAACUUUGAGCAAGCAUAUAUGUGCGUAAAAUAAUGUUCCGUUAGCUCACAUGCACUGUACCUCUCCUAUCCAUCACCAACAGUCGAAUUCCGCCCUUGGACAGGGAAAUUUGAUGCCAAGUUGAAUGUCAGGCACGUUUGGUUACAGUUAGAACACGCAUUUGCAACGCCGGGAAUCGUAUAAAUCUGUGAUUACGUUAGAGUAAGGUACCCACAUCCGGAGCUGCAGCAUUUCGCCACCAGCAAGUGGGAGAUAGGGGAUAUAUACUUUUGCGCCUAGUAAUGUACAGAUGUGCUCCUGUACAUACAAACUGCCCGGUGACCACAGCAGAACCAAUACACGCUGUUCGAUUUCUCCUUGGCUGCCUUCUUGCAGAUCAUGGUGUGCUGGUUUCUGGUUAUCGGGAUAGGCUUAUUAUAAAUUUUCUUUAUUCCAUUUUUACCUUUGCGCGCCAUACUAUACUAUUAUAUUCGUCUCGUCUCGUCGUGAACUGGAUGCUGAACACAAUAAUAAUGUGUCCAGAGGAGUGCAAAUUAUGUUUUAAAAUAGAUGACCGCGCCACGAGUUACCACUGCAGCGCACCCAAACCCAAACAAGCAUAAAAAUAAAUAAAAUACAGCAUCAACUUCCUGCACGUCGUUAUUUUACGACCCGAAAAUAGUCGACAGGGAAGGAUUUUGGCGUCUAACUGGAGGCCUUCAACCCCAUAUUUCCGCCGUCUUCAAAUGGCUCACUCGCCCUUGCCGGACUCUGCAGGGUUGCAUCAUUUGCAUUCCAUUCUAAUCCAUGUGAGCCCGGCGCAGAACAUGUCCCACUUGGCAGACUAAAUAAGGCGAAGACCGCGCCUGUAGGCUGGAGGCUGUAGUCUGUAUGUAAUUUAAAAAAUCGAACCCAUCCUUUAUCUUACUUGCACAAAAACCAGUGUUUUCAAACCCUUGUCUAUUUUUUCAAUACGCCGCGGCGCGUUUGAUCCUCGUUUUUCAGCAGUUCGGAGCCUCAUACAAGGCCCUUUUUGCAUUAGCCAACCAAAAUCCCCCCCAAAUCGCCAACUUCGCUGGACGCUUUGCCGCGCCUGAUUGGUUUGUGGGAUCGAUCUCUUUGGCCCUCUUGCUGAGACUUGCGGAAACUUCAGGUUCCAGCCAAAGCCGCUGUUCGUCGCUUUCGUCCGAUUCUCUCCUUCCCCCCCCCCCCCCCCCCCCGGGACGACACCAAUAAUACCUUCUGUGACGUGGGGUUCUGCAGAAACAACGUUCGAGUCAUUUCUGGGACGGUGGCAACUGAAUGGCUUGGCUUUUCAAAAUUAGCAGCAGCAGCUCAGAAGGCGUAGUUAUCAACAGCGGCCUGAAGCUGCUCUUCUUUCCGCUAGCGGUUUGCGGCCGCCCUCCUGUCAGCUUGCAAUCGUUGCAGAAACCUGCAGGUUUGGAGUGGGCCAUGAAUCCAUGACGGGGAGAGCAGAGGAGGGGUGUGGCGGGAAAGGGGGGAGUGGCACUGCUCUGUGGGGUGGAGAUUAAAAAAAAGGAAGCAGAAGCGGCAGAUGUAUCAAGUAAGGUGAUGAUUACCGUCGCAUUGGGACUUUGUUUCCCUACAUUAUUCUUACGCUGGCUGCUAGCUCUUGAUUUACCCAGUCCAACAGCCCAGUUAACAAGUACCGAUGGCUUUCUCUAUUGCUGUUUAGGGUUUAUGAAGAGCAGAAAAAGCCGCCUGGGCUGGGCUCCAUGCAUAUUAUUACGGGUAUUAAGCACUGAAAGAAGCGCAGGCGGGACGAAUGAUGAUAAUUUAUUCAUAUAAUAAAACAGUGCCGCGCCCUCCCUCCGACUCCUCCACUGUGGACGAAAACGAGGCGUCUCACUCUCUUAUCCUCUAUUUCCUUUUUAAUUAUUUUAACCUGCUUAAGGCCGCCUCUACAUUAAAUUUCAGCAGAGACUAUAAAUAUAAUCGAAUCCCGCUUCGCUGGCUAGUACCGACGCUUCUUUUUUGUUUUUUUAUCCUGAGACGAUAGUAUAGAUCGGCCCCCCCAUCUCGUCCUAGCCCAACUAUCCUGACUUCUCCACAAGGAUAUCCAGCAAGAAUACGACAAUAGCAAAGUCCCAGGACAUGGCCUGUUCCAUAUAAAAAGAAAUACACUCCAGCUUCUCGAAUAAACUCUAAAAUUUGUUCACUUUAUUCCACCCUGUUCUUCGUCUUGUCUGGCUUCUCGAGGGAGCUCGAUAUCGACUUCGUACAGUAUAUACUGGAACUUCCCACUGGGCUCACUACCUAUUCAUCCCUCAUCCCUCGGGUUUGCUCCAAUUCCAACUUAUCAGCCUGGUCAACCCCAAGGAUUACGCCUUUGCCGGGAGCAAAGCUUCCCGCAUUCCCCUUCGAUUCUGGGCUGAUCUCGUGGACGAUACUUUUCUCUCCUUUUCAACAGGCAUCACGUCAGUGCAAUGAAAGUAGCCGUACCAAAGCAAAGCAACCUCCGACUACAUUUAUCCUCCUCUUUAAAUUUAUAAGGAUAUAACCGCACUUAAGUGCUCCAUCUCUUGCGGACGUCAAAGCAAGUGAGGAACUUGACUCCUCUUUUCUUGCACGCAGCGACCAACGAACCUGCUAUAGACAGUUUCCUUCAGGGGGCGAGGAGAGAGACAAUAUGGAAUACAGCCAACGACGAGCCCUAUACCCUCCUCAACCAGCAAAUGAUUCACAAACCUCUCGAAUAUCCAUUGGUGCUCUGCUAAAUCCACCCCGGCAUACCUCUGACUCCACUUCCAUCCCUCCAACUUCUCCCCGCCACUAUCAGCAACAUCAACACCAACACCAUCAUCAAAACUACUCAGACCUUCCCUAUCGUCAAUCACAUUACCACCCAGCUCAGAAUCACACCAGUAACCAUCAAUCCAUAGAAGGCCAUACAGGAUAUUCAGAUCUCCACCAGACCCCACGCUCCUCUUCCGCACACUCUUCUCCAGGCCUCUACCCGAGAGAACGCUUCCCAUCCGUUUCAAGUAGCUCGUCUGCGAUUGUCGAAAGACGCCGUGCGCCACGGCCCAAAUACGAUGAAGAAGAAAUGUAUUUCAUCUGGUACCAUCGCGUUGAUCUACGCCAGGAGUGGAAGGAGGUCCGUGAGAGCUUUAACGCCCAGUUUCCCAAUCGCCAGCGGAAAGGGUUCCAGGGCAUUCAGUGUAAAUACUACAGAUUCAUAAAAGAGAAGAACUGUCCGACGCUCCGAGAACAGCGUCGCAGACGCAGCGGCGGCAACGGCGGCGGGAGCGGCGAGAAUGGCAGUGAAAACGUGAGCAGUGGUAGUGACGGGAAUUCCAGGAGUGAUUUCAAUGAGGAUUUACCGCAAUACGGGGUUAUCAAGUGGACGGGAGUCAGGUUUCCGUGGAUGAGGGAAUGGCAUGGUUCUCAGUGAAGUUGUUAAACAUACCUUUUUUAAACGAUUAUGAUCCAUCCCUUUGCUUAUCGUGGCAAUUAUAUACCCUGGACAUUCUGUUUCCAGUUAUAACGAGCCAGUUCCAUUAUUAUUCUACGACUCUUUUGUUUCCUGGAGCCUUUCGAUCCCACCGUCGCAUAUUCCAUCGCCGGGCCGGACAAGUAGAAUUCGGCGGCUCGGAACAUCUUCGGCUUCUCCACCUACCAUUCUGUUCUGUGCCUGAACCGCCAACAUCGCCAUAUCCAGCAUUACGAUUCUCUCGCAUUUACACAAAGAUUUCUUUUGGUUUGAUUUUCUCUACUUACCGGAGUUAAAAAAGGAAUUGCUUGGGCCUGGCGGCAGGAUGUAACCGGGGUGAAUCGUCCCAUGUGCAGCGAGCGAAUUUAGACAGGGGCAACUUCAGGCUAUCUACUUAUAAAUCAUCGGCGGCCUGGGGAAUGGGGGUGUCUGUCAUGUUCUCGCGCACUUUUUUGUUUUAGUCUUUGUUUUGUUUGUUUUGGUUCCCUGAGAUGGCUCGGCGCUCUUGUUUUUAUUUCUAUACUCUUUUUAGCCCCCUUCAUUUCACUCUUGUUGUCUUAUAUUAUGAUUUUCUACGCCUCUAUUAUUUACUCGUUCCAUUGGGUUUUCCGUUUUAUAUGUAUAAAGAUAUCUGCUCCAGCAUCUAGCAUUGCAUUUUAGCACCACCCAUAUUUAUAUAUUAUUUUUUUGCUUCCGAGUCCUGUCCCAUCGGCAUAUAACUACAUCCCUUCACUCCUACGCCCUCCUCUUUCUUCUAAGUGCCGAAUAAUUCCCUCCAUCGGCCCACGGACAGAUUCCACAAAAUGUCCCCGGCCUUCUUGCUUCGCGCGCUCAAGGGAUUCUGCCGACUCCUCACUGAGUCCUCACUUAGCCCCCGCUAAACUCAACACGGCAUUUUGAGAUCCCAUACCUGACCCACUUCUAGUUUAGCCCUCGUUUUCCAGCUAUCUCGAGCGGCUGACGGACCCCACCUAACGCCCACUUUUGCUCUCCCUCCACUCCGCACCGCCUGUCUCACAGGAGGCCAGAUUUCCCUCGCUUCGGACGCUCGCGGCUCCGUGUGAAGAGAGAAGAUUAACCCCCAGCUUCCGCCUGUCCAUUCCACACGCCAUUCUACAGUAGGAGCGCUGACGUGAUCGGGGCCGGUCGCUUUAGACCCCGUUGUGUGGAAGCCAACGGAAUAUCCCCUCAGUUUUCCUCAGGCGUGUGCUAUUGUUUGCUUCCUAGAGGCUAUGAGGCGUUAUUUUUUCUUCAUAAUGAUGUAAGUUAACUAAUCUUCAUCUCGAAUCUUUUUGUUGGUUGAAGACCCACAAUUCUGAGCACUCCCUCUAAAAUACACCUCACCCAUAUUACACACACUCUGUCAAUCCCCCACUCAACCCUCUUUUAUCUUAGUGUAGAAGGAUAGAUUAGAGAGCUCAUAAUUAGAAUUAGAAUUAGAAUAAACAAGAAAGAGUUAGAGUCUUUGAAAAAUAUGAAAAAUCAAUAUUAUGGGGGUGCAGAGAUGAUGAUGUGCUGAAUAUGUCCAGUGCACAACAACUUGAUUGCGACGAACAAUGCUGAUUUAGUAAGAUCUUAAUACCAUAUCCCAUGCAUCACCUCACUACCAUUUUCCCAUCCAUGACUAAAUUAAUUUUCCUUCUUAUAUAUACUAGCACGAUGAACAACACAUUGUUUUGGUUUCUCAAAUCUAAGACGCUCUAGCUCACCACUACCUACUCCCUUGCCGGUGACGUGCAUUAACCACCGCCCUCCUAGGCCAGAUCGUUGCCUAUAUAUAGCAGCAAAUCUGUUGUAUGGGGGAAAUAGAAUAUGCUCAUUCGCAGCUGAGUGGCAAUACUUGGAAAUCAAAUGAUUCACGCCUUGUGGUCAAACCUCCUGGAUCUGAUUUCUUAUCCCUGGCUGGGGGUUUGUAAGGCCUCAAAUGGGAUAUGCGUGAUAGAGUCAAGAAGGAUCUACAUGCUUGGUGGCCCUGGAGAAAGAUGACGAAAGGGCUCGGCAUAAAUAUAUGGACGAUUAUUACUAUUAUUAUUAUUAUUAUUCCUUUUAUUCUCCUAUUUCAGUCAGAGACUAUGCAGGAGACUCCCCCCCACAGCAUCUUAGUCUGAGGGCAGAAUGUAUUUCCAACCACUCAUCU